GAAUCAGUCAUUAACAGAACAACCGGCAGUAUGUUUCGACACAUAAUAGAAAAUUUUCCGACAAAUACGAUGUAAGAACGUUCCGGGCAACCAAAGGAGAGAAAUUUUCAAGUAUGACGAUAUGUAAGGAGAGGAAGGACGUCUCGACAGGUACCAGCUACGGCAAAUUAUGGAGGUUCGACGAGUACGAAGACGACGAAGGGUUCGUGUACGAGGAGAUAACCGAAUGGCUUUUAACGACGGCUCGAGCGAAGUUGCCCAUCGAAGGCGAUCGUUCCGAGACCGAUCGAGUUGACAAAAAGUCGAAGCUACCUAUGCGAGAGAGCCUCUUUGCUCACGUUCCACCGUACAUCAUCUUCCACGGUUACGACAAGAACGGCGCGUCAUUACCUCAGGAAAUUACGAGACACCUGCUCUGGUGGCAUACCAAGAACUUCUCGCCGCGAAUGAUACGUCUGACGGUUCUCAAAUCGGGAUUUACGAUGACCGAGAAACCUAUGGCCAAUUGGUCCGGUACCUGGUGUACCAAGCUAGCGUUUUUACGCAGGAGCAAGCAGUUGAAAAAAUUUCAAAAGAUCAAUCACUUCCCGAAUUGUCAACAGUUAAGCAACAAGAUCAACUUGUGGACGAACAUUAACAGAAUGGCCAAAAUACACGGUAAGAAGAGCUUCGACUACAUGCCGCUCUCUUACGUAAUACCCAACGAAUACGCGAAACUUAAGAGAUUGUUGGAUAGGAGAACCGUGUGGAUCCUGAAACCAGCAGAUUCUUGCGCCGGUCGCGGUAUACGACUGGUGUCACGCAGCUUCGAGAUACCGAAAAAGUCUUCCUACCUGGCCCAACGUUACCUAUGGAAUCCAAGCUUGAUCAACGGCUACAAGUACGACCUACGUUUGUACGUUCUGCUAACGUCCAUCGAUCCCCUUCGUAUCUUCAUUUAUUCGGAAGGUCUCGUAAGGGUAGCCACCGUUAAAUACCGCAAUAGAUUCGAUACUCUCCACGAUCGUUUCAUGCAUCUGACUAAUACCUCGAUCAACAAGCUCAGUCCUAGAUACCGUGGAAACGACGAUCCCAACAAGCAACAGGGUAACAUGUGGUCGUUGACCGCACUUUGGAAUUAUCUUCGUUUCAGAGAACGCGCGAAUACCAAUAACAUUUGGCGAAAGAUCAAGGGCAUCGUUAUUAAAAGUAUUAUCUCCGCCGAGGCUUCCUUAGUCCAGGGUAUGAAGGAUAGCAAUCCACCGAGUUACAACAAUUGUCAGCUGUUCGGUUUCGACGUGCUCCUCGACGUACGCUUGGAACCAUGGCUGCUCGAAGUGAACGAUUGUCCCUCCAUGGAUACCGAGACGCCUUUGUGCGCGAUCGUGAAGGGCCAACUCGCGCGCGACUUCUUGAAUCUCGUUGGUUUUCACGUGCCGAAUAUAUUAGGACCGGCCGACGUCGAGACGUUGGAAGGACACUCGAAAGAAUCUCAAAUCUGUUACGAUCGUAAUAUCUACGAGGCUUUAUUGUCGAAGGACGGGGAGGAGAAGCAACGAUCGUUCGAGAAAAAUUGUCAUAAUCGUCAAAACUAUUUGAACUUGAUUCUGAGGAAGCUCACGCCCGACGACGUGAGAGUCUUGAUACGACACGAGGACGAGCUCGCCCAAACCGGCAGAUUCGAGAAAAUCUUCCCCACGCGCAACACGUACGAGUACUUCAAGUACUUCGACAAGCUCAGGUACUACAACAUGCUUCUCGACGCGUGGGAAAACGCGUACGGUAAUAACAGGCUUCCAGGUAUCGACAGGUUGAGAAAAUUGUGCAGGGAGAGGUAUCACUUGAAGCAAACUCCUUUGAAAAAUUUGCAAGAGGAAACGAACUCUUGAACGGCGCGGCCGCCCGGACAACCACGCGUUGUCGCGGCCCAUCCUUCGCUCGAAAUCACUGAUCGAAAAUACGGAUUUACUGUCGCCGUAUAUUUCGAGUUCAUUGCACAUCCGAUCGACGGUCCUUUAAAAUAAUACGUAGCUGUCAAAAAUUUUAAGGUUAAACUCAUCGUGAAAUUGAUUAAACUAUGAAUUAAAGUAUCGUCUCGUCGGUCGAAAUUAUUAUCUUGCGCGUGUUUUUCUUUAACGGGCGAUGGGUGAUCGCGAUUCGAGGAAAAUGUAAAAAGGAGAGAUUAGGAGGAAAAAGAAG